CCACGGAGCGUCCCGAUUGAGCAGCGCGCUGACUCCUCGAUUCAAGGAGCUCGUGAACACAUGGCGAUUUCCGGGAGCGCCUCUGCUUACGUCGGCGCGAGGAUUAAGGUGGAGGAGGAAGUAGUCCGGAGGGUUAAGGUGGAGGAGGAAGUAGAUGGUGAAGAAUUCGGUGAUGGCGAUAAUAACAAUAACCAUCACAAAUACGAACCACAACCAGAGGAGGAGGAGGAGGAGGAGAGAGGGCCGGCGGAGAGGAUCGAUAGCUUAGCUGCGGAGAAGGCCGCGGAGCAGCUGCUGAUGACUCGACCUUGGAAGCGGCGCCGCGCUGUCGGGCGGUUAGGCCCAAAACCCUUGCUGUCUCAGAACAGGCACAGGUUGAGCCGCCUCUUGGACCGCCUCGCUAGGGCGCACAGCUGGAAGGAAGCCAGCGGCACCUUGAGCGCCCUCUUGAAGGGGACACCUCGUGCCAGCACCCUGUUGGAGGAUCGGAGGAACUUCUUGGUCGCAAUGGAGAUUCAGAGACGUCUUGGAGGAAAGGGGGGCAAUUACCAGACCAAGAUCAAAAAGAUGUACGAGGUUUGGAUGAGUAAGCUCGUGUGGACGAAAAAGUGCUCCAAGAAGAGGUACUCCAUCCAGCUGGAAUUAGCUCUAUUCUAUCUUUCACAUGGGAACAUUGAAGAGGCAUUCAAUACUACAAAAUUUCUUGUUCAAUAUCAUGAUUCUGCAAGUGAACCAAUUGUGAACCUGAUCCAUGGGUUAAUACUGUAUCACAUGUGGUAUUCUGGUCUCCCAGAAGGCUUGAAAAUAAAAGAUUUUGACCUUCAGAUGGCAUCAGAGGCUCUUGAUGCAACCUCUUGUGAUGGUUAUGAAGGACCUGAAAUUUUUGCAAGUUCAAAUGGGCAUAAUGCCAUUAAUACUGAAGAUGCCAAUUAUUCUGCCAGAGUUGCUUCCCAAAGCUCAGUUGGCAAUGAAAAAAAAAAUUUUGACUUGAAAAUUGAGGUGAAAAAAGAAAUUGAUGAUGCUUUUCGAGCUGCUGAACUCCAUCCAAGUGGAUCUGAAAUGAAUGAUGACCAACCUUUUAACCCUCGUCCACACUCCUUAAACUGUUCUAUUUUUCUUGCACAUGGAUUGGAAAAAUGUUUGCUGCCUGUACAAUUGGAUCAUUUGACUGGGGAUCUGGAGCAUAUUAUAUGCUCAUACAGAAGGUUGGUCAAUCAGUAUUAUAACGAUGCAGUGAAACAUUUGAGGCUUGCUCUUCACUCUACACCUCCAUUAUUGGCAGCCAUACUGCCUCUUGUACAGCUACUUCUGCUUGGUGAUCGUGUUGACGAUGCAUUAAUGGAGCUGGAGAAUUCUUGCCAGAAUUUCAGCGUUGCACUUCCUUUCAGAUUGAGGGCUAGAAUUUUGGAGGCUUUUCGGAGCAGUCAAUUAACUGCUAUUCAUAGAUGCUAUGAGGAUGCUUUGACAAGGGACCCUUCGUGUAACCUGUCACUUGAAAGGCUAAUUAAAAUGCAUAGAAGUGGUAAUUAUGAUACUGUACCUCUCCUCGAGAUGAUAACUUUGCAUCUAGAUGCUACUGAUGGGAGGUCUGGCGUAUGGGAAGAGUUUGCUUCGUGCUUCCUCAAGAUUCUUACUUCCUCGGUAGCCGAUUAUGAAGACCGUGUAUCAGCAAAUGGACAAGGAGGUUCAGCUGCUAUCAUAUCUUCUAAUAAAAUUCCUGGAGUUUUUACCGAGGGUCAAGCAAGAGAAUCAUGGAAGGUUCGUUGUAGAUGGUGGAUAACACGUCACUUCAGCAAGAAUGCUUAUCUCCAAGAUAUGCAAUACAGUGACCGGAAACUCCUUGCCACUAAAGCAGCAUGUGCAUCUCAUAUUUAUGGCCCAAAUUUUGAGUACGUCAAAGCUGCUUUAUGCAGCCUGACAAACAAGGUAAAUAUUGUUCAGUUCUCGUUCUUGCAAGCACACAUGGAGAAAUCUAUGAGGUUACAUGAAAAUUUGACUGCACUUAGUACCUUGUAAGGAAGGAUUUUAUGCAGAAUUUAAUCCUUUGGGUGGGAAAAAUCUCUAUUGUGGUUUAUUCUUUCUCAAUGGAAUUUGUAGCGUUUAUAAUUUGCUGCCGCAGCUGUGUUCAAUAGAUGCCUGUGCUGAUUAUUCCUGUGGUUAUUGUUACAUUUGUCUUCCUGGA